AGUCUCCCUUUAAGUGGCCCCACUACUGAUGACGUCGGCUCAGAGUUGAGUAAUAUGAUCUCGGGUGCCUCACCUGCAGGGAAACACCGGAAGAAGUAGCAUCGUGUGAAAGUUUCUGCUUUUAAAACAACAACGGCAGCAAUGCACUUCCAAAUAAAACACAUAUUGCGCCUGAGUCACUGCGACUCCCUGCUGCGCAAAAGGACACUCGGGAGGAAACUGUGGACUUUUUCAGCUGCACAACAACAAGGCAUUAGAGCAGCAGCAGGAUCCCAUGCAUCUGCAGAUUUAAAGAAGUAUUACGCCUUGCGGUGUUGCAGAAACUAUGCAUCAGAUUCCGCGUACAGUCGAGCCUUUGCGUCAGCGAGGGACAAUCCCGAGACUUUCUGGAGUCAGAUGGGACAGGAUAUUAACUGGUUUGAACCGUGGAGUAAAACUUUGCACGUUGAGGACCCAGUGUUUCCAAACUGGUUUGUUGGAGGGAAGUUGAACAUGUGCUACAAUGCUGUGGAUCGUCAUGUAGAGAGCGGUCGUGGAGAGCAACCUGCAAUCAUUUAUGAGAGCCCAGUGACUGGAACUAAGCAGAUCAUCACUUUCAGAGAACUACAGGACCAGGUGUCCAGGUUAGCAGGAGUCUUGGUGAAGAAUGGCGUGCAGAAAGGAGAUCUGGUUGUCAUCUACAUGCCCAUGGUGCCGCAGGCAAUGUUCACCAUGCUCGCCUGCGCACGGAUCGGUGCCCCACACAGCCUCAUCUUUGGCGGCUUCGCUUCCAAAGAGCUCUCUGUUCGCAUCAAUCAUGCCAAGCCCAAGCUGAUGGUUACUGCCUCGUUUGGCAUCGAGCCAGGCAGAAAAGUGGAGUACCUCCCUCUGGUGGAGAAGGCGUUGGAGAUGAGCUCUCACAGGCCCUCCAAAGUCCUCAUCUACAACAGGCCUAACAUGGAGAGAGUAUCGUUGAGUCCAGAUUUGAGCCUGGACUGGGAUGAAGAAAUGGCCACAGCUCAGCCUCACGACUGUGUCCCCGUUCCCUCCAACCACCCUCUCUACGUCCUCUACACAUCUGGCACAACAGGAACACCAAAGGGCGUCGUGCGAGACACUGCGGGCUACGCUGUGAUGCUGAAAUGGACCAUGUCAAAUAUUUAUGGACUCAGUCCUGGAGAUGUGUGGUGGGCUGCGUCAGACCUCGGCUGGGUCGUCGGCCAUUCCUACAUCUGCUACGGUCCUCUGCUCCACGGCAACAGCACCAUCCUCUAUGAGGGUAAGCCUGUUGGGACCCCGGACGCUGGGGCCUUCUUCCGUGUCAUGUCUGAGAACGGAGCCUCCUCCAUGUUUACAGCACCCACUGCCAUCCGAGCCAUCCGCCAGCAGGACCCCCAUGCUGCCAUCGGGAAAAAAUACCCCCUCUCCAGGUUGCGCUCAUUAUUCCUGGCAGGCGAGCGUUGCGAUGUGGAGACGCUGGACUGGGCAAAGAGGAGCUUUGGGGUUCCUGUCCUGGAUCACUGGUGGCAGACUGAAACCGGCUCUGCCAUCACCUCCUCCUGUAUCGGUCUGGGAAACUCUCUCACGCCACCUGCUGGUCAGGCUGGAAAACCAGUUCCAGGUUACAACGUCACUGUGAUCGAUGAUGGCAUGCAGGAGGUGAAGCCAAGAACCCUGGGAAAUAUUGUGGUGAGGCUGCCUCUACCACCUGGUGCUGCGCUGUCACUGUGGCAGAACCACAAGCUGUUCAAGGAGCUCUACUUCACUAAGUUCCCUGGUUACUACGACACCAUGGACGCAGGUUUUGUGGACGAGGAGGAUUUCCUUUACAUCAUGUCCCGGUCUGAUGAUGUCAUGAAUGUGGCCGGACACAGGCUGUCCGCUGGAGCGCUGGAGGAGUCAGUGCUGCUGCACCCUGCGGUGGGAGAUUGUGCUGUUGUCGGUCUAGAGGACACGCUGAAGGGUGUCGUCCCCUUGGCCCUAUGUGUACUCAAGAAUGGUGUUCAGAAAAAGGAAGAGGAGAUCAUAAGUGAGAUGGUGAAGCUCGUCAGAGACACCAUCGGACCUGUAGCCGCCUUCAGGAAAGUGCUGUUCGUCCGAGGAUUGCCGAAGACUCGCUCUGGAAAGAUCCCUCGCUCCUCUCUUGCCAACCUGGUCAACGGCAAGCCCUACAAGAUCACUCCAACCAUCGAGGACCCCGAGGUGUUCAAAGACAUCGAGAAGCAGGUGGAAAAAGCUCUGAGACGUGAAGGAGCCUGAACUCAUCAGCUGGAUGGAGGAGAAAACUGAGGUUGGAUAAAUUAACAUAAGCCGCUCUUUGCAGCUCCGGUGGGCUGCAAACAUGAACUGAAGAAGGCAAAUCAAUGAUUGUUCUGUUUUCUGAAGAAGUUUCACCUCACCUCCUUACAUGAAGUGUGCCAUUAAGUAGAGUUCAUGUUUCCAUUUUUAACAAGAACAUUAACAGUCCAUUUGUAUGAUGUCACCGUGCUGUAAUACAGAAUCAUGAACAGA